AUGAACUCCUCCACGACCAUGUCCAGCCACCAAGCCAUCAUGAAGUGUCCCUGGCAGUGGCGUCAGCCUUUCCUGGAUGAGAAGCGCGAAAGCCGCAAGCGCAAGGUUGGUGACGGCUACUUUUACGACCCCGUGGACCCGAACUUCGUGGACCACCUACUACCGGGUUACGCCAAGAAGUUCUGUGGCGCCGACGUGCUCGAGUCCGACGAGAAGGAAAACAUCCAGCGCGAAAUCGAGCGUCUUAUGACCAAGAAGAGCAACGACCCGCUCAACGGCAAUAUCAACGCUAAUACGAACGACACCGCUGUCACCAGCGACGAAGACGAUUUCGACGUGCGCCGCGAAAACCAGGCGCUUGUCGAUAGCAUCUUGCUUAUGUCCAAGUCCGUCGAGGCCUCGUCGUCCUCGCUGUUGGCAUCUCCCAAGAGCGUGGCGUCCUGUUCUCCCUCCUCGGACGAGGGCAGCGACGACGACGAGCUCAGCAGCAGCGGCGAGGAACCAUUCAACCUUGCAGAAGACCGACCGGCCAAGCUUAUUGCGCACCGCAGCUCGUCGCUCGAACUCGUGUCCGACAACUUGCAGGAGGCACUUUUCGCCGUGGAAGAUAGCGAGCUGCUGUACUUUCAGAGCACCGGAACAGUCGAGACGGACUGAGCGGUGACGGUUGCGAGCCCAUAUGUCCCGCUCACGCUGCGGCCAUUUUACCCACCGACUCCCGCUCGUGUGAUUUAUUUAUUGAUCGACCUCAGCUUUGAUUGCCCGUUAUGUAUGAUUCGACUGUGGUGCAGGCACUCCCUCGCCUUCCUAGUGAGGAAGGAUGCGCUUUCGCCUGCCAGAAAGACACAAGACAACACCCAGAAAAACAACAAACUCUAGCUAAUGAACUUGCUUUUUGCUACCUAAUAAUCUUUUUGCUUGGAUGCCUUAUUUC